AUGGCGUCUGGCUCAGCUCCUAGUACUUCGACGAACAACAAUCCAGCCUCUGUUCAUGGCUCUACUGCCAUCAACACGGAUCCUGUUGAGGCUGGACUAUCUGACCCCAUUCUUAAACAUUUCCUCAUUCCGUACCACACCAAAGGCAACCCCAAGCUGUGCAAGUUCUGUGGCAAGAAGUUCGAGGGCGGAACAAACCGCUGUGCUAUCCAUCUUGCAACAUGGAAAGGGCAGGAGGAGCGCGCUGUGGCGUUAUGCAAGGACGCGCCCACGGCAGUCCGCGAUGAAGUGCGUGGCAUGUACGAGACCAAUGCGGAACAGCAGGACUUGAAGCGAGGGGCGGCCGCUGCAGCAAUUCAUUCUACGCUUGACGCUGUCAGUGGAAAUCCGGAGAAGAAGAGCAAAAUUACGGGUUUCUUCGGCGAUGAGGCGACGUGCGCCAAGGAGGACGCGGAUAACGCGCUUUGCCUUUUGUUCGCGGCGCUGGAACUUCCGGAGCGCAUUGCGGACGAUCCGGUCUUCCGCUACGUGGUCCAGUGCAUUGCGCGCGCUGAACCGGGGUACGUCCCUCCUAAGAGGCGCUACAUUGGAGGGGCGGGCUUGAAGAAAAUGGAGGUCGCGCUCGCCCCCGUUGCCGCGAGCUGGAAGCGGGACGGGGUAACCGUGUCGUCGGACAUGAUGACCGACCGUUGUGGCCGCCCGCAGGCCAACGUGCUCCUUGUCAACGACUCCGCCGCAGUUUUCGAGCAGGCGGUCGACUGCAACAUGGAGUCGAAGACCGGGGGGUACAUCGCCAGCCUUCUACGCCCCGUCAUUGAUAAGGUGGGGCCGGAGAAUGUGGUGGCAAUUUGCGCCGAUGGGGGCAGCAACUAUGCAUCGGCCGCCAAGAAGAUUGCGAGCACAUGGCCGCACAUUGAGCAAGAGCCUUGUGCCACGCACGUCCUUGACCUUAUGAUGGAAGAUGUGGGCAAAAUGGGAUGGGCGAAAGGGCUUGUGGAGAAAGAAGGGGAAAUGAUUACCUUUGUGCGCAACCACCACUUCACCCGUGCCUAUAUGAAGAAAGUGGGGGGAAGCAGCGAAGAGUGGAAGGUGUGGGCAGCGGGGGACAAGGAUAGGAAGAUGGCAGCCGAGAAAUUCAGGGCUGCGGUGAUGGAUGAGAAGUGGUGGGGGAUGGCGGCGUUCUUUACCUCUCUCAUGGAGGUGCCAUUCAAGGUCAUGCGGGCCACGGACUCUUCCGCGAAAGGCAUGAUGGAUAAGCUGUAUGACAUCAUUCUACAGCUUACCGAGGACAUCAACGACAAUCUCGACGAUGCAGGCGACUUCUUGACCCGGGUAGAGAGGGCAGAUAUCACACGCAUUGUGAAGGACAGGUGGGACAACUCCCUUGCCUGCCCCAUGCAUGUGGUUGGCCGGAUCCUGAAUCCGGCCAACCAGGUAGAGGGAAUUUUCAGGAAGGAUGUGGAGUGCGCACGGGUGUUCAAGGACUGCAUCGAGCGCCACUAUGACAACUAG